CACGCCUCCCAGGGAGUCACGUGCGCCCCUGGCCGCUCCCGUCGUAGACCCCGUGCUGCUGCUGGUAGAAGGAGCCUGGCCGCCGCCAUUUCGGGGAGUCGCAGGUUUGCCAUUAGACGGCCUUCGAGUCAUUUUACCGCCCUUACUCUGCACUCCGCCGCCUCAGCUCUCGGCCUGGUCUCUUCUCUUCUUCCACCACCCCUCCCUGGUCACCCCUUUCCUUCGCCUCAUACUCGCUGCUCUGCCAGCUGUGUAACGAAGCGCUCUUCUCUUUGUAGAUCCAUCGCCAUUUUCCUUCCGACCGUAAACAAGGCCGAGGCCUAGCUUUGACCACUCCUGACAGAGGUUCGCUUCUGAGCAAUCAAAAUGGCCGACGACAUUGAUAUAGAAGCUAUGCUGGAAGCUCCUUACAGGAAGGACGAGAACAAACUGAACAGUGCCAAUGGACAUGAAGAACGUAGCAAAAAGAAAAAGAAGAGCAAAAGCAGGAGUCGCAGUCGGGAGCCGAAACGCAGCCGAAGUAAGACUCGUAAGCAUAGUAAGGAGCGCGAGAAAAAAAGAAGCAAAAGCCGAGAGAAGAAACGUAGCCGCAGUAAGGAACGACGAAGGAGCCGUUCGAGAAGUAGAGAUCGCAGGUUCAGAGGACGAUACAGAAGCCCAUACUCUGGACCCAAAUUUGGAGGUCCCAUGCGUGGAAAGAUGGUACCACAUGGUGUGAAACUAAGGCGCAGGUCAAAGAGCAAGAGUCCUCAAAAGAGAGAGAAAAGCCCUGUAAGAGAACCAAUUGAUAACCUUACACCAGAAGAAAGAGAUGCACGUACUGUAUUUUGCAUGCAGUUGGCAGCCAGAAUUAGGCCAAGGGAUCUUGAAGAGUUUUUCUCCACUGUGGGAAAGGUCCGUGAUGUCCGAAUGAUUUCAGAUAGGAAUUCCAGGCGUUCUAAGGGCAUUGCUUAUGUGGAGUUUGUUGAUGUCAGUUCAGUACCUUUAGCCAUUGGCUUAACUGGACAGAGAGUCUUGGGUGUUCCUAUUAUAGUACAAGCCUCUCAGGCAGAAAAGAACAGAGCUGCUGCUAUGGCCAACAAUCUACAGAAAGGCACUGCAGGACCAAUGAGGUUGUAUGUUGGAUCUCUACACUUUAACAUUACAGAAGACAUGCUUCGUGGAAUAUUUGAACCGUUUGGUAGGAUCGAAAGCAUCCAGCUUAUGAUGGACAGCGAGACUGGCCGUUCCAAGGGAUAUGGAUUUAUUACUUUCUCAGAUUCCGAAUGUGCCAAAAAAGCUCUAGAACAGUUAAAUGGCUUUGAGCUUGCUGGACGUCCUAUGAAGGUUGGUCAUGUGACGGAGCGCACUGAUGCUUCAAACGCCAGUUCAUUUUUGGAUAGCGAUGAGCUUGAGAGGACAGGAAUAGACCUGGGAACUACUGGUAGACUUCAGCUUAUGGCAAGGCUGGCUGAAGGUACGGGUCUUCAGAUUCCCCCAGCUGCUCAGCAAGCUUUACAGAUGAGUGGGUCAUUAGCUUUUGGAGCUGUAGCAGAUCUCCAGACAAGAAUUACACAACAAAGUGAAGCUCUUGCUGCAGCCGCUUCUGCUGCGGCCUCUGCUGCCAUCUCAUUGAGCGCAUCCACAUUACCUGUUCCAGCAGCGACUCAGCCACUCGCUACACAGUGCUUCCAGUUGUCAAACAUGUUCAAUCCUCAGACGGAAGAUGAACAAGGCUGGGACCAAGAGAUAAAAGAUGACGUCAUUGAAGAAUGCAACAAACAUGGAGGAGUUGUGCACAUUUAUGUAGACAAGAAUUCGCCACAGGGAAAUGUUUAUGUGAAAUGUCCAACCAUAGCAGCUGCAAUAGCUGCAGUUAAUGCACUACACGGGAGGUGGUUUGCAGGUAAGAUGAUCACAGCCGCGUACGUCCCACUUCCUACUUACCACAGCCUCUUCCCAGACUCCAUGACCUCAACUCAGCUUUUGUUUCCCGUUCGUCGAUGAAACAGACUGCAACAGUUUUGUACAUAGCUGUUUUUUUUUUGUUUUUUUUUUUCCUGGUGUUGAGAGAGGAGAGAGUGUUGUCAAAAUUUGUCAUUUUAUUUAGCUCCAAAUGAAGAGGAAUGGGUGUAACUUUGUGUAAAUUCUAAUACCUUCAAAUUUAAAGGAUGAAUGCGGUGUAUUGGCUAACCAGCAUUCUGCCCCAUCCAUUUGCUGUGCUGCCUUACAUCCUGAAAGAUCUAGCUCAGACAGUAGAAGGGAAAAAGGGCACUGGGGAAGUGAAAUGCCUGAUAUGUUAAGAUUUCACAUCAAGAGGACCUGUUACAGAUGUUUAGCAGAUAUUUGUUUUCACCAAAACCUAGAAGUUUGAGAAAAAUCUGGGAAUUCAUAACUGCGAGUUUUAAGUCUCGGAUAUUACAUUUAUGUAUCUGUGAAUUUAUUUUGUACAUAGUGUCAUGGUGUUUCUUACAUACCAGACAAAAUCUCAGCUGUUUCCAGGCUUUUUUUUUUUAUCUUUAAAAGACUAGUUGCUUAAAAGCCAGAUAGCUGCCAGGAAAUGCCUGACAUUUUGUCUGGUUGCAUUUAAUCUUUUGCUCUUUAAGCUCUGUGAGCUCUAAAAUUAUAUAUUUUUUUUUUUUUGUUAAUUUUUCUGUGUUUGAAGAGACUGCUUGAUAUUUCUAUUCAACUUUCAUAUUUCAACUAUCUUUGUAAAGAAGCGCUCAAAA